UCUGUCUGUCCGUCUUUCUCUCUCUCUCUCAGCUAGUAAUAGUUCUUGCUACAUUUAUGUUUCAUGGAGAUCAAGUAGCUAAACAGCCAAAAGAAGUGUAACAUUUACGGAGAGAUAAAUUAAAAAAAAAAAAAAACGAAAGAAGAGGAUUAGAAACUUCCAACAUUUUCUUAGCAUAUUUCAAAAGGUGGGAAAAUGCGCUGGGGACUCUGUUCGGCAGGUAUGAUUGCAACGGAUUUCUUCAAUGCUUUGCAAUGUCUGAAUCCUUCAGAACACAAAAUAACUGCAGUGGUAUCCAAAUCUUUAGAGAAAGCUAAGAAACUAGCCGAUGAAUUUAAAAUACCAAAUGUGUAUACCAGCUAUGAAGAAUUUGCCAUAGAUCCCAACAUAGAUCUUGUGUACCUUUCAACGGUCAACAUUUUCCAUCAUCCUCUUUCCAUUCUUAUACUGAACAAUGGUAAACCUGUUCUAUGUGAGAAAACCUGUGCUUGUAAUACGAAGCAGACAGAAGAAAUGACUGAACUUGCAAAGUCAAAGAAAUUAUUUUUCAUGGAGCCCUCCUGUGAAAUCCUGCUUAGUGCAACUCCUGACGAGCAGCUUUUGUGGAAACUGGGUUCUCGAAGUGAUCAUAAAUCUCUACAGUCAUUUUAGGAGCUGUACGUUCGUGAUCCUUUCUAACAAUUCGCGUAAGAGUCCGACGUUCCAUAUCUGAAAUUUCUGUUUUUCUACCGGGAGUUUUGUUUCGACUAGGAGGUUUUUCCCUCUUUCUCAAAGGCUGUCAUUACUUUCG